AUGAAGCUACAGCAGCUACACGAAAGCCCAUCCUUCUUCAAGGUCUUGAUGAUGGGCUUCAACCACCAGCUCCGCAUACCGCCCGAUUUCUCGCGAGAACUCGAACGAGUCCUUGUCGCGAGCACGCGGACGACACUGAGGGUAAGUUCGGGGGCUACUUGGGACGUGAAGGUGGAAAAAAUGGGAGACGGUAAUUAUAAAUUUACCGAGGGUUGGGGUGAAUUUGCUAGGGACGUCGGGUUGCAACUCGGUGAAUUUAUGGCGUUUUGGCUCGUCGGGGAAUCGCUGUUCGACGUAGCGAUUUUUGCCACACUGAGGAAGAAUUUUCGGGAGGCUGCUGGUUUGCUGGGUAAACGAAGUGUGGACCUCGUGUACCUGCCCAAGAACCAUAAACAGCACGUUGUAAUUGAUCACAGACGGCCUGGAAACAGACUGGACUUGGCUGCAGGCUGGGCCACAUUCCAGAAAGCAAACGGGCUGGUUAUUGGUAAGGCUUACUCAUUUGAGUUCAAGCCCGGGAAGAAUGUCAUCCAGGUCCAGAAGUUGAAGACUGUUAAGUAG